AUGGACACCUCGUUCCCAAGGGAGGAGCGGCCGCCCCCCAAGCGGGGGCCGCCCCCCGCGCCCCGCGACCACCUCGUCUGGGCCAUCUUCAACACCCUCUACAUGAACUUCUGCUGCCUGGGCUUCGUGGCGCUCGCCUUCGCCAUCAAGGCUCGGGACCGGAAAGUGUCCGGGGACGUGGAAGCUGCUCGGCACUUCAGCUCCAAGGCGCGGUGCUACAACGCCCUGGCCACGGCGGGCAGCGUGCUGCUGCCCCUCCUGCUCGCUGCCCUCAUUGUCACCGGUGUCAUCCACCUCUCCAAGCUGGCCCAGGAGUCCGUCGGCUUCUUCACCUACCAGUUCAGCGGGAGCGACGACGAGGACCAGUGACUCUGAG